ACUAAUGUUACUAAAAAUAGAGUGCUUCGAGAAAAUAAAUACACGGGCAGGAUGGCUGGUCGACCAAUGUAUCCAUUUGCAAGCAAUCCGAAUCAAAAUCAAGGAAUAUUACCACCUGGUUGGGAAAUGAUUUUCGAUCAUCGAACUGGUUGGCCUUACUUUGUAGACCACAACACGCAUACGACGACUUGGGAAGAUCCGAGAGUGAACAUUUUACAGAAGAAUAAUUACACUCCUCAAGGACUUGGAGAAGGGUCUAAUCAUCAAAGGAUGAAAGAAAUUCCAAUAAUGCAUGAGCAGUCUAGACCUGCAUUUCAGCAGUCACAGUUUCCACAUGUAUCAACCCCACCAAGAUCGGGAACACCACCUCAUGUAGGGACUCCACCUAGUAAUCGAACUGAUAGCCCUCCAAGAUUUUACACAUUGCCCAGGAACCAUAGGGAGAGGGCACAUGCUGAGACUGUGCGUGAAAUUCCUAUUCAACAUUUUUCGUCCAAUUCUUCACAUUCAGGUCGGGGCGAUAACUCUCAUCCUAGACCAGACUACCCGGGAGCACCUAUGCCCCAACCACAACAGACAAUGCCUCAGCAGCCUCAAAACUUUACUAGUCAUGCAACAGCGCAGGGUCAUCAGGCAAAUAGUAUGCCGCAGCCCAUGACACAGGGGUACCCAUAUCCUCAAAAUGUUAUGGGACAGACCCCUGCAAUGCAAUCUCAGCCACGUCAAAUGGCACCACCUCCACAGAUGCCACAUCAGCCAAUGCCACACCCUCAACAGCCAGUGCCACAUCCACAGCAACCACAGUAUCCUCCGUCUGAAAGGAAAGAAGGUGUGUACAAUAUACCUAUUGUUCAUGAGAACCAGACAGACAGGCACCCAAAACCACACUCAGAAAGGAAUUUUCCUUCUCAGCAAGAUAACGGUACUUCAACUCAAAAACCUGUAGAAAAUCACCAAGCUGAGCAAAGUAAAAAACAGACUGAUUAUGAUCAAAUGGACAGUGCUCCAUCUGGGCAUACUCAAAAUAUUCAAAAGGAGGAAUCAAGAAGUAGGUCAAAUACACCUACAAAAGAACAGAAAAAAGUCAGAACUCCCCUGGAUAUCAUCAAUGAUAUACUUACAGAAUGUCAGCAAUACAAAGAUAGAGUUAACAACUUUAAAGGUUCGAAAAAAGACAAGGAAUACAAGUUGCUCGAGGAAAUGUUGACUAGAAGUUUAUUGAAACUGGACGGUGUAGAAUCUGGACAGGAUUUAAAUAUUCGUCAAGCAAGGAAAGGGGCAGUGCGUGAAAUCCAGUCAUAUUUGGAUCAACUUGAACUUACAGCUUUCAGUGAAGAAAUGCCCAGUAGUACUGGUGACUAUUCUGAUAGUGCUAAUAGUGGACCAGAAAAGAUGGAGGAGAGUAGUGCAGAGGAAACCAAAGAAGAGAAAGAUAAUCGUGAAGUGAAAGAAAUGGUUUUAGAUAGUGAAGUUUCAUGCUGAUAUUAGAUGUAAGGAGAAUUAACAUUAAAUUACAACUUGUUUGUGAACUUUCGAAGAUUUUAAAGUACACAUUCUAGGAUAGGAUAGUUAUUUCUAAAGUGCAUUUGUAAUAAAAAAUAAAGCUUAAAGACACCCAGUCAAUGAAAAUAUUUCAUCUUCCAACAUGAAGGUGAAGAAAAAAAAAUUGGUUAUAUUUAAGAACUGGUUGUGAUUUUUUUAUAAGUUUAUUUUAAACCAGAGUGGAAGAACUGUGAUACUUUUGAAUUAAAGUUUUAAAAGUGUAUUAGUCAAAUUUCAUGUAUUUUAGAAUAAAUUAUAAGAUUUUUUUGUUUUUUGUUUAAAGAUUGUUACUUAAAGCAAAUAUUUUGUUUCUCAAGCUGAUUUUAUUAUAUAAAUUAUUUUGAGUUUGGUUUAGAUAGAUAAUAGUGUCUAUUCUAGGACAUCAUUGUUGCAAUUCUUGUUUGAAACUUUGAUUCUAGUCUUAAUUUAUGUUUUUCUUGUAAAGUUUUUUUAUCAAAAGAAAAGAAAUUUUUUGGCAAUCUAUGUAUGUGAGUAUAAUUCUUUGAAUAAUAUUUUCGUUCAUGCAGAUGAUAUAUCAAAUGGUAAUAAUAGUAAAUAAAGAUGAUAAUACACUGCUAAGUUAAACAUCCUUAAGUAAUACAAGUAUACAGCAUGGUCAAAGAAAGAGUUUUGCAUUAUCACACUUAAAUAUGAAAAUUUCCAGCAUAAAAUUUUUCUGUAGAUAAAUUUUAUUACAGUAUUGAAUCCUAGAAUAGACAUCGACAAAGGCAGACUUGAUCUUUAGUGCAAUGUUUUUUUAUUUUAUGGCUUUGAGGUUUUGACUGAAAGUCUAGGUGGACUCAACAGAACUUUGUAGCUUGUAUAAAUUUGUAUUUUAUGCAUACUUGUUAAUGUAUAUAGCAAAAGAUAUUUAUUAAAUUUUUUUCAAUUUUGCUGAUGAAA